UUAAGCAGCCUGCCUGAGAGAGGAAGAAGAUGUUUCUUCUCCUCCUGGUCUCAAGUUUAACCUCUCCUCUCCCCUUAUUCGUAAAAAUUCUAUUUUUAGUACAAAACUUUACUCACCUGUCUUUUUCGACCCCCCCAAUCAAAAAGGAAGAAAACAUUACUACAAUUUAGUCAAAAUAUCCCACUUUUGUUUUUGUUUUUGUUGUAAUCAUCUUCUAAGUUCUUCUUCUUCCUUCUUCUUUCUCUCUCCCCUCUAAUAAUAAUCUUUCUUCUUCAUUCACCUUCUCUCGCAUUCAUUUCGUUCCCUCCAGAAUCCAAGCUUCCGUUACAAUCUCUCUCUCUCUCUCUCCCUUUAAUUUUUUUGGAUUUUUCUUCGUUUUGAAUUCUCAAUAAAAGUAAAUAAAAUAAAAAUUCCCCUACCAGGAGGACUAGCUUUGAUUUUGCUGGAGGGUUUCGUUAUAAAUUAAGGAUUGGUGAUUGGUUUAUGAAGAUCGUAAGGAUAAAAUAUUGAGGUAUAUAUGGUAGUUGUUGUUGUUGGCUUUGCUCAUGUUGUGUGAGGGGAGGUAGGAGUGCUGUGUGAAGCCGGAAUAUGCAGGGAGACGUGUUGGCUGUUCAUCGGGGAGAUCGAAAUAGAGAUGAUAUUUUAGGAUACAUGAAGAACACGGAUGUAGAAGCUUUUAGGGAUGCAGAUGGCAAUGAUGAUAAUGGGUGGAGGACGUUGAGUAGGAGGGAUGACCACAAGGAAGGUAGGUUGCUGACAGAUGAGGAAGUGGAUACAUCUGUAUCGGUAAGUAGAGAAGAAGACGUGGGCACCUCGAGGAGUGAAAUACAUGUUAUGGAGGAAAUAGAUGAUGAUGGGAGUCCUGUCACGAGUGGAAGAGAUGGAGAAAACGAUGAAUGGAGUAACUGUGGAAAAGAGGAUGAACGGAUUGCAUCUUGGAAACAUGAUAGUUUGAAAUCUAGCAAUGAACAAGAAGUUGAGUGUUGCUCACCUGAGAGCGUUGGGAGUGAAGACAGACAUGAGACUUUGGGAAAGGUAGAUAAGGAUAAUCACCAAGCUGUGUUAGAGAGAGAUGAAAAGGUACUCGGUUCUGUAUCAAGGAAUAUUGAAGAAUCUGCUUCAUGUUCACCUGAGAGGGAUGACGAGGCUCUUAGUAUAGAGAUUAAAGAACGGGAUACAGAAGUGGCUAAUGGUCAAGCUAAAGCAGAUGAACUCCUUCAUCUGAAGGUGGGCGAUACCGAAGAAGCUGCAGGAAUAUGUAAUAGAGGUGGUAAUAAGGAUGAGAACAGAUUGUUGGAAAAAAAUAGCGAAGAUGAUUCGAGUUUGAUGCUGAGGGAAAAUGAUGAUGAACCGCAGAGUCCAAGAUGCGAGGCACAACUUAAUGACACAAGCAUUAGAAAGAUGGAAAUGAGAGAAGUUACAGGAGAGCAGGACUCUUCGCCAUGUACUGCUGAUGCAGUUAAAGUAGCUGGAGAGACAUAUCAAAACGUAUACUUCAAUGGACCAGUCUUACCGCAGUCACCUACACAAGGGCAUAGGCGCGCCCAAAGUGAGAUAGGGACUAUAGGGACUCCUGGACACAGACGCACAAACAGUUUCCAGAGAUUGAAAACACAGAUGCAAAAGGCUUGGCGUGGGGUCAGCAAUCUACGUGAGGAUAACCGGCCCACUUUCAAUCCUGAGGUCCUAGCAAACCAAAAAAGACAGUGGUACCAGCUUCACUCUUCAAAAGCUCUGGAUCAAGCAAAAUUAAAGGAACCAACGUCACUAUUUGAACAUUUUAUCAUUGUGGGGCUUCAUCCGGAAACGAAUUUGAAGCCAGUGGAAGAGGCUUUCCGUAGAAGAAAAAAAUGGGAGAUGGAGAUGUCAAGGUAUGAAGUGGCAGACUACAGAAUACUCCGUCACCGUGGGCCUCAGUUUCCAGUAUUGGAGCCACAGAUUCUUUUUAAAUACCCUCCUGGGAAGAAGGUGGCGAUGCGUCCAAAGGAUCUAGCAACUUUCUGUUUCCCUGGUGGUGUCAAGGCACGACUUUUGGAGAGGACCCCAUCUCUCAGUGAUCUAAAUGAGCUCGUAUAUGGACAGGAACAUUUAGGCACAGAUGAUUCAUCGUUCAUAUUUUCGUUCAAGGUAGCAGAUGAUGCGACAUUGUAUGGUGUUUGCUUACAUGUGUCGGAGAUUGUUCAGAGACCCCCUGGUGUAUUAAGCACUGCGUCACCCUUGCAUUCAUCUGGAGGAGGCAGUCGUUUUUUGGUUUCUGCACCUCGAUGCUAUUGCUUGCUGACCAGAGUUCCUUUUUUUGAACUACACUUUGAGAUGUUAAACAGUAUGAUUGCACAGGAGCGUCUAAAACGGAUAACCGAGUUUGUUAGUGAGAUGUCUCUUGCUGCUGCAUGCUAUCGUCCAUCAAUUUCCAGGAUGAAUGAUCAAAUCGAUGGGCGUGUUUCUUCACCUCGUAGCAACCCUGAUGACUGGAUGGCUUCUGCAAUACCUGUUGAUGGAGUCAUGGCACUCACAGCUGCUGCUGCUGGAUUGAUAUCUGAUAGUGACCUUGCAAACUUUGCAGAACCUCAGUCUCCAGAUAGUGUUGUCACCAGCGAUACUUCAGAUGUAAGCCAGAUCAAGGAAAUAGAAAGAGACGGGAGAAAAGUUUUCCAUUGUUACGAUGAUAAUUCUUCUGAAGUAUUUGAGAACCACUUGGAUACCCCCGAAAAAACGUCCCAGAGCUAUGAGAAUGGCCACACUUCUCCAGAGGUUACAUGUGUUGAUCCUAGGACCCAACCGAUAGAGCGUAAUGAAAGCUGUGAGUCUGUGUUCAGUUCAGCUAGAAGUGUGUUGUCAGAUGACAUUGAUGAUUUAUCAAAUAGUGAAAAUGAUUUCGGAGAUGAUUUAAUACUGGAAUGGGCUAAGGAACACAACAAUGAUUCGUUACAGUUAGUUUGCGGCUACCACUCAUUGGCAAUUCCUUCCCGUGGAAGUGAAGUAGUUUUCCACCCACUGGAACAUUUACAAUCCAUCGCGUAUACCCGUCCUCCAGUUUCAGCUCUAGGAUUGUCAGAAGAAUAUAUUUGCUCUUCUAAUUCUUCCGAGAUAAAUGCAAGGUUGACAGCUGCUGAGGAGGCCAUGGGUCUCUCAAUGUGGACAACAGCAACAGUUUGUCGUAUUCUCUCUCUUGAAACUAUUAUGUCACUCCUUGCUGGAGUAUUAUUGGAGAAGCAGAUUGUUGUAAUCUGCCCAAAUCUGGGGGUAUUGUCAGCAAUAGUACUGUCUCUUGUACCAAUGAUUAGGCCAUUUCAGUGGCAGAGUUUAUUGCUUCCGGUUCUGCCUGGAAGGAUGUUUGAUUUCCUCGAGGCACCAGUUCCCUUCCUUGUCGGUAUACACAGUAAACCUAUUGAUUGGAAGGUCAAAACGUCUAAUCUUAUUCUAGUUAACAUCCUCAACAAUCAGGUGAAAAUAUGCAAUAUGCCAGCAUUGCCUCAGUGUAGAGAACUUAUGGCUCAGUUGGCUCCAAUCCAUGCCACACUGGCUCAGCAGAGCUCGAAUGCUAGAAGACAUCCGGUUUAUAAAUGCAAUGAAGUGCAAGCAGAAGCCGCGACGAAAUUCUUGAGAGUAAUGGCAGAUUACAUGGAGUCUCUUUGCUCAGAUUUACACUCUCACACCAUAACAAGUGUUCAAUCUAAUAGCGACAGGGUUUCUCUACUCCUAAAGGACAGUUUUAUUGAUUCAUUUCCUGGUAGAGACAGACCCUUCAUUAAGUUAUUUGUAGACACGCAACUAUUUAGUGUUUUAUCAGAUUCACGACUAUCGAGCUUUGAGAACGGGCGUCGCUGAAGCUCAUUUUGUCAUCAAGAAACCAUCCAAAGUCCAAACAUAAGAAAACAAGCAAAAAAAAGCAACAGAGGGUAACUUUUCUACCCUUUAUACGCAGAGAGAGAAGACUUAACAGGUGAUGAUGAAUACAAGAUGUUUACUCACAUGUUACUGUAGUAGAAAAGUAAGGAAACGAGAGAACAGAGACAUGCUUAUCGUGUCUGGAUCUCUGAUCCUUAUUAUCAUUACCAAACACUUGUUUGAAAACUUCUUUUCUGCUCUUGUAAAUUAAUCACCUCUCAAUAGAAAGCUUUAAGCUUUUGUUUGUGAAAGUUGUACAGAACACUUGAAAACCCUUUUUUGCUUAAUUCAAGUGCUUGAUUUCAUGUUU